CAGAAGACUCACCAGAAAAUUCAGAAACCACCGGAAAAUUCAGAAACCCCACCUGAGAUCACAGUUUUUUUUGCUUGAACUUGAAAUGACUCUCCCUAAAGUUUCUCUUUCCACCCCCGCCGUCGUUGUUUGUCAACACUGUCUUUUGUUGGCUUCAUCUCUCUGUGUAGCAGUGGAAUUGGAGAGGCAAGCACAUGAAUUACUCCAAAUUCUGGAGAUCGAAUCCAGAAAAGAAUCCGAAGAGAGAGAAUUCAAUAAGCAGUCGAAAUGGGAUGCUUAUGUUGUACACACCUGCUAUUGUUGCUUCCAUAGUUUCCUUUGGGUUCAGCGAGUGGCAACUGAGGCCGUUGUUAUUGAGCUCGGCCCUGGCUCUUCAUUUCUGCAAGAGAGUUGUCGAGGUACUGUUUGUACAUCGGUACAGUGGAGGCAUGACCCCGGACACAUGCUUCAUUGUUUUUCUCAGCUACUUCCUCUCCUCAAUCACCAUGAUCUACUCUCUAUACCUCACCCUCCCCCAAUUUGCCCUUGAUUUGAAGUACAUUGGUGUUCCUCUCUUUUUGUUGGGAAUCACUGGUAACUCUUACCACCACUGUCUCCUGUCAAAGCUUAGAAAGAACCAAAGUGAUGGCUACAAGAUCCCUAGUGGUGGACUGUUUGGCCUUGUAGUUUGCCCACACUAUCUCUUUGAAAUACUAGGCUUUGUGGGCGUUACCUUCAUUGCUCAAACACCCUAUUCAUUGGCCACCACAUUGGGCACCAUUAGUUAUUUGAUGGGAAGAAGCUAUGCUACAAGGAAAUGGUACCUCUCUCAAUUCAAGGACUUCCCUAGAGAGAGAAAGGCUCUUAUACCCUAUAUUUUCUAGUUUUAGGGCACCACAGAGAGAGAUCCACUUCCAGGUUUUGGGCAUCCCAAACUGUAUUGUGCAAUCAUGACUUUUCAUACUUCAGACAGCAAACAUUAAACUGCUCGAUGUUUAAAAGUUCAUGGAAUACUUGUAUACGAGUGUGACUGUGUAGUGAUUGGCUGUACAUGUGUAUGUAUAUGACUAGAAUGAUUUCAUUCAUCCCAUUCAUGCAUAUAUGGAUGUUUGUAUUCUCCCAAACCCAGACAAUAAACUGAACCAAUCAUGCACAUAUGAAUGUUUGUAUUCUCACAAACCCAGACAAAACUGAAUACAAAGAGCAAGGCAUUAAAAGAACAUCCACUCAUCGCGUGAAAGAAAAUCAGUUUUAGCUUCUGAUAUAAAUGUUUCAGAUAUUCCACAAUGUGGCUAGAGGAUAGUUGGCCACUCAUUCUUGGAGGAGAA